GGGCCGGGCCGGGCCGGGCGCCGGCGCAGCGCGGUGGGGGCUGUGCAGGAGCAAGGGGCGGCAGGGCCGAGGGCGAGGGAGCGGCCUCAGAAGGGGCUUUUGCAGCCCGGAGGUGUGCGACAGCCUCUGCUAGAGUCGCCCUGCGCCCUUCUUCCUGCGCCGCUGCCGCUCUGCGCAGUCCGCGGGGCAGCGGAGCCCCUGCUGCGACAGGCGCGGCGCCUCAGAGGGCGAACGCGGCCUCCUCUCGUAGUGCUGCCGUUUGAGCCCCGCGCGAGCCUUCUCUUGUCACUACUGCUAAUGCAUCUAAGCUGAUGCGUAGAAAGCAGCAAUGCCUGUUCAGUUGCUGAAGAUCAUUAAAGGAGAAUUUGAGACUCCACUACCAAGUCACUUGCAGAAAGAGACUUUAAAAUGCUUGAAAGAAGGAUUCGAUUAUACCGACAAAUACUUUCAGGGAACAGUUGUUCUUUCCUACCCAUUAAAGAAACUUGGAGAUGGAACAGAGUUUUUCAAGAUUGUUCUUCAAGAUUUAAAUAAAUCGUUCUCAAGGAUCGACAGCAUCAAUAUUUUAAUAUAUGGAAAAAUGGCAGAGGACUGUGCAAAAGUUAUACGUCAUGGGGACACCUUUGUGGUUGCUGGAUUUAAGUUGGCAAAAUCACCUACAGCAAGAGAAGAUGGCAGACAUGAUUGCCAUCUAGAGGUAUCUGAGGAAGCUGGAUCAGCCAUUUAUAUUUAUACUAAACGGAAUAUAAGCACUGCUUCAGAAACUGCAUCUGUGUCUGUUGCACCAAAAUAUGUAUAUACGCCUCUGAAUCAUCUUAAAGAUGGAACUGUAGUGAAUUUGUAUGGAAUUGUGAAAUUCUUCAAGCCUCCAUAUGUAAGCAAAGGAACUGAUUACUGCUCAGUUGUAACACUCGUGGACCCGUCAAAUGUGAAGUUAACAUGCACUCUUUUUAGUGGAAAUCUAGAAUCCCUUCCAAAAAUUUACAAAAUUGGAGAUAUUGUUCGAUUUCAUAGAAUAAAGAUCAGAGAAUACAAUGGACAGAUGCAGGGAAUUACCAGUGGGGGAUUUGCCUCCUUGACAUUUGAUGGCACCGUAGGUGCACCUGUAGCUCCUCGAACGUCUAGUAAAUUGUACACUUUCUUAGAUGAAGAGCAGAAAACAAUAGAAGAACUACGUGCUUGGGCAGCAAGUAAUCUUUCCAUCUCUGGACCCGCAGCAAAAUUAUCUGGUGUUCAACCAAUGCUGUUCUUUGAUCUCACUUGUCAACUGGUAGGGAAAGCAAAAGUAGAUGGAUCAUCUUUUCUUCUAAAGGUAUGGGAUGGCACAAAAUGCCCCUACCCAACAUGGAAAGUGCCUGUGGAAGCAAAAGACCUGGAAGGAGAGAAAGGUCUCCUUCAUCAGCUUCGAAAUCUAACAGUGGACAUUUUAGUCUAUGAUAACCAUGUACAACUGGCAAAAUCACUUAAGAUUGGAAGUUUUCUAAGAAUUUACAGUAUUCAUACAAAGCAAGCAAGUGCUGACAACCAAGAUGUAUCACAUGUAGAAUUCCAUCUUCAUGGUGGCACCGGUUACGGUCGAGGAAUAGGAGUCUUGCCAGAAAGUAACACAGAUGUAAAGGAACUAAAAGCAUUCUUGGAAUCUGUCAAUCUGGCAGACAGUCAGAAUGUGGAAAGUAUGUCUUCAAUGGAAUUAGAUGGCACUUUUAGCAAUAUUACAGAUCUUCAAUCACACUUACAGAGAUGUCAGGAGUUGUCUGUGACAGUAUUAACAGAUCAUCAGGAUUUGAGUAACACAGGACUGAAAACUAUUCUGAACAGCACUGCUCCUCAACAGUACCGCAUUAGAGCAAAGCUGAGAGCUUUCAAACCUCAGAAGCUCCAUCAGUGUAUUAAACUUUAUUGUUCCAAAUGCAACUCAUUGAAAGAAGUUCCAGAUGGAGAUGACUUUGACUUAAUUUUACAAGAUUCUGCAGCUACUGCUCCAAACCAAGAAUUACACAAUACAUCCUGGUAUGAUUCUGUAAUGUGGACUACACAAGAUCAGAAACAAAGGAAAAUAGCUAUUCAUUUUGUAAAGCAUGAUGAAAUGCUUCAAGAGCCUGAAAAUACUUUGCUUAUGAUAGAAGGUGGAACACUAAAAGAAGUCUGGAAGCUUUCAAGAAGAUUUAAAUGUGUUAUUCCUGUGAGAUCCACUGAAGAUGAUCUUGGAUUAUUAGAUCUUUCAGCUCCUUUUCUUUUACAGGGUAGUGUAAAAUAUUAUGGGUGCAAGCAGUGCUCAACUCCAAAGACUAUCAGGAGUCUAAGUUCCCUUGCAGCAGAUCAACAGCCAUCAUGGGAACCAACUGAAAUAGCACAAGUUUUAGGUAUUGUGCCACUCCAGUAUGUUUUCAUCAUGAAGUUUACACUAGUUGAUGGAACAGGAGCACUAAAUGCAUACCUUUUUGAUUAUGAAAAGUUUUUCCAAAUUCCUGCCUCUGAAAUCUUAACUAAUAAUUUUCUUCAGCAAAAGAUGCAGAUGACCAUGAAUACACUCUGUCCUCCAGGAAGAAAACUAGGUGACUUGCCAUGGCUGGAAUGCUUCAUCAGGUCUUAUAACAUCACAGAUGGAAUGAAACGUCAAGUUUAUUAUCAAAUUUUUGAUACUACUGUUGCUGAAGAUGUUGUAUAAUGAUGUCUUGCUAAUAAGCCAUACAAUAAUGGUCCAAUUUCGGUUGGAUCAUAGAGACUGCAUUAAAAAAAAAAGGGAAACAUUCUGUUCUUCAGAAUUUAAGUUUUUAUUUGUAUGUUAAAAUGAAUAGAAAUUAUGCUUCAAUAUGUUUACUACUUGCCUGGCAGUCAGGCUUGUGAGCUGAGCGCAAGUGGAGGUGGCCAGCUUUUCAUUGGAAGCUACUUGGCUCAGGCUGGUGGAAGUAGUCUAGUAUCUAGCUGUUACUCAGGUUACUCAAACUGAUGAUGAGGUUACUCUGCACUGAAACUAUAGUCAGAAUGUUUUUGCUUUGUUCAUUUCUGUAUUAAAAUAAACGAUUUCAGCAGAGAUGGGGGAAAGGAGCUCUUCAGUAAACUUCUAUUCUCUCACACAGUUUGUGUAUACAUAUGUUACUGUUCUCAGCCAGUUUGAGAGCGAUGUUGUUCAUUUUUAGAAAUGUUAAAGUGUCCCUAAAAGGGACCAAAAACUGCUAGAAUGCUUAUUAACUGGGUCUGUGUUUCCAAAGACUCUCAAAUACUUGUCUAAAUUUACUGUCAGAUUCUUCCCCCCAAAUCGAUGUUUUGUAUUUUUCAUAAUCAGAUUACAUUACUAAAUUUGGAGAUAGCAAAUUAAUCUAGUGAUACUGUGGCUUGAAAAUACUACCAGAGUAAUAAUACUCUGUGAUUUCACUUUACAUUCAGAAGUAUUUUACACAAAUUCAAGACAUAUUUCUUUAGUGAUAAUUAAUGUAGAAAUUCCUGUCAAGUAAAAUGCUUCCUUUUAGAGCAAAAACACUUAAUAUUUACAAUAGUUGUUUUUAAGGGAGUUAAGAAGCAGGAUGUAAAUGCUCUUAAGGUUAUUAUUUUGAUAGUAGAUGAUAUUUUCUUUUUAAAAUUUUCAGGGUUGUACAGUAUAUUAUGCAACUCUUGUUUUAAAAUUCUUUAAUUCAUUUAAAUAUCUGCAGAAAAUUUUUUGAAUCUCUAAAAAUUUGCACUGACUGUAAAUGUCAUAAACCAUUUCAUAAUGUCAUAAAGAUUAUGUUCUUUAUUGGUCAGUGUAUAGGGAGAACCAAUAUUAAAUGUGAUUAAUUGAUACUACCUUUCCAAAACGGUGAAAAGCUAACUUCAGAAUGGAACAAGCAGUUUAUGAAAGAGCAGUAUUGGCUUAUGAAAGCUUGCCUGAAUCUGAGUAACUACAUAAGAGAAAAACAGUGAAUAAUGGCAAUAACUUACUGAUUGGUUAUUCUAAGACUUCAGAUACUGGAAGUAUCCAGAUGAUUUCAGAAGUUAGGGUUCAUGUUGAAGGCUUUUUUUUGUGUGUGUGUAUUGAAUCAUUGGAGGGAAUUUUUUAACUGCAAUAGGAGACAUUGAUAGCAUACAUUUUUCUGAAUACAUCUUUGAGAAAUAAUGGAUAAAAAUACAUACUUCAGUGUAAAUGUAAUUGCUUUCACCAUAUCUUAUGUCUGAGAUUCUGGCCAUAACACUAUGAAGGCAUUUUAUAAUUGCAUAUACAUCACUUGAGUUUUCUACUGUUGAGUAUUGUAAAUGUUUAAUAAAGAUU